UGCCCUCUCCUCUCCCUUAUCCUCUAUCAUUCAUUCUCUUUCUCUCUCUCUCUCUCUCUCUCUCUCUCUCCACACAGAGAACAACUCAGCUUCAAGCUCCCAUCUGAAAGGAAUUCCAUGCUCCACAAAACACACAAACAGAGAAAAGAGAGACCCACUAGCCCACUAAGCGAUACAAAUUGAGGGUCACCUCAUCACCUCCUAGCUACUACACACAAACACAACAACAUACAUAGGAAAAAAAAAAUAUAGAAAAAGAAAUCUAGUGGCAGUACUACUACUACUUCCACUAUAGCUACUAGCUACCAGAUAGGAGAAAGAGAAAGAGUGAGACUUUUUUUUUUUAAUACCCCACCAAUUCAUUUAUUUUUCUUCUUUUUUUUCAUUAAAAAAAAAAAGUGCUUAUAGAGAAGCUUGGUUAUAUGAGAUAACAAGAUCAUGGAAUUGGAGGCUGAUCAUCAAAAUGGGAUCCGAAGCAGGCCCAAUUUCCCUCUGCAGCUGUUAGAGAAAAAGGACGUUGAUGACGUCACCGAACAACCUUGUUCCACCACCAGCGUGGUAACUACUGCUGCUGCUACUAUUACUUCUGGUAACAACGACCUCCACGUGGCGGAGCAGUCGAAGAAGCCUCCGCCAAAGCGGAGUUCCACGAAAGACCGCCACACGAAGGUCGAUGGGCGAGGCCGCCGGAUUCGCAUGCCAGCGGCCUGCGCCGCAAGAGUGUUCCAACUCACGCGUGAGCUGGGACAUAAGUCUGAUGGUGAGACCAUCGAGUGGCUCCUCCAGCAGGCGGAGCCGGCGGUCAUCGCUGCCACAGGCACCGGCACCAUUCCCGCCAACUUCACCUCCCUUAACAUCUCCCUCCGCAGCUCCGGCUCCACCAUGUCGGCGCCUUCUCACUACUUCCGCGGAAACUACUUCAACCCUAGCACGUUCUCCACCUCAGCCGCCGCUGCUUCCGCGGCGGCGGUGGCACAGCUAAGGAGCCGCGCGGAGUGGGACCGGAACAUGAGCAUGGUGAUGGAGGAUUCUCGUAGGAGCAUGCUGGAGAACACUUCUUCCAUCUCCGCAAUUUUGAAUUUCAACCCUAUGGGUAACGUCAAUGUAAUUCAACAAGCGAAACAAGAGCUUCGAGAAGAAUCCGCCGCCGCCGGUGGCGGCGGCAGUCUUGAUUCGGUGGCUUCGGAUUCCGAUGGAAGCUUAGGGAGAAAGAGAAGGCCAGAGCAAGAGCUAUCACAAAUGGGAAGCUACUUGAUACAAUCAAGCACAGGGUCGCUUCCGUCGAGCCACGCUUCCAAUACGGCGGCGUUUUGGAUGGUGGCCGGUCACGGCAACCAAGCCAUGAGUGGUGGUGGUGGCAGCGAUGGUAGCAGCGAUAAUCCCAUUUGGGCAAUUCCCUCUGUUGGGAAUAGCGGUGUGUAUAGAGGAGCUAUGUCUGCCCCAGGUGGCAUUCAUUUCAUGAAUUUUGCUUCUCCGAUGAACCUUAUCCCCGGAGCUCAACUAGGUUCCGCCAUGGUUGGGGGCGGAAGUGGUGGCGGCAACAGUGGUUCUCAACUUCUAAGUGAAAGUAACUUAGGCAUGCUUGCAGCCCUUAAUGCCUACAGGCAGAUUCCGGCUAACGGCGUCUCGGAGUCUCCGGCCAGCGCCGGGCAACCUCACGGCGGAGACGAUGGACGUGAUUCCUCCGGUCAACAUUCCUGAGGGUAAAAAUAAUCACAAGUGUAUGAUCUGAUGCUAGCUUCUUAAUUUUUCUUUUAAUUACUAGUAUAUUAUUACUAGUGCUACUAUUACUACUAUUAGUUCUACAACUAAUUAGUGGUUUCUAUAAUAUAUAUAUAUAUAUAUAUAUAUAUAUAUAUAUAUAUAUAUAUAAAUAUAUUAAAUACGUAAUUAUAUAUGUUAUGUCCAUUUGCAAAAACAUGCAAGAAGCGCAAGUUUGAUUGCUUAUUGAGUUCAGUUUGUGGUGUGAUUUUUUUGCUGAGGAUGAUCAUGUUAGGGUUCAAUACGUAUACUUUAACAAUGGUACGUAUUCCACUACAUUUUCUAUAUAUAUGAAGGUGUUUAAUUUAGAUAGGUUAGAUUCUUAUUAACAAUCAGAUCGUUUUUUUAUGGUAUGGGAUAUGAUUAAUUUGUUGCUUGGUGCUGCA